AUGAAAUUACUCAAAAAAUUAAAUAAAUAAAUAGCAAUCAAUUUUCUUAGUUAUACAAAUUAAAAAUUAUUAAAACAGAAUUUAAUAGCUAUUUUAGACUUUGCUAAAGAAUUCUUUGAAUAAAAAUCUACUUUAAAAAAAUUAUUUAUCUACCUAAUUACUUCUCAAUUUAUAAAUUAAGCUUUAUGUUUUUAGUUAUUUAUAGAAUUAUUCCACCAAUAAUUAAAUCUUUUUCUGUAUUAUUAAAAUAAUUUAAAAGAUUAUUUUAGUUAUUUAUUAAAUAUUAAUCUCAAGUAUGUAUAAACUCUUUGUAUAAAAAAAUUUAUUUGCUCAAGUAAUUAAAAAGGAUUAUUUUUAUUUCUAAUUGAAAUAUAGUUGUAAUUAAAGUUAACAAACACUAUUUCUGUUUUUAAAUUAUAGAAGACACUUUCAAUAUUUUAUUUUUUACUUUUAAUUAACUUUUUUAUUUCAUCUCAAAAUUUUAAAUAUUUUUCAUUGAAAAAUAUAAAAAUAUACCCAAUAAAAUACAUAAUUGCAGGUUUUUAAAAGAAAUUUGGUGUAAUUUGUGAAUAUUUUAAAGUAAAUUUUUAUCUUAUUAGAAAAAAAAUUUAAGCCUUUAAAAAUAGUAAAUAAAUAGGAUAAAAAAAAUAAUUUAUCAUAAACUAUUUUUUUUGA